AUGAAACAAGAAUAUUAUAUCGAUAUUCCUGAGGUAAAUUUAGGGAUGUUAAAUCGAUUUUCUCUAAAAGAACUGAAGACUGCAACAGAAAAUUUCGCACAUGGAAAUAUCUGUUGUAGAAAGGGAUUUUGUAAGUUGUAUAAAGGCGAGUUAGAAAAUGGGUUUAUAGUGGCAGUUAAAAGAUUUGAACAGCAAGGCAUCUCACGUGCACAGCCGCUUCUCAAAGCAGAAGUCGAAACGAUGAGAAUUGCUGUUCAUCCAAAUAUACUUGGCUUGGUCGGUGUUUGCAUUACGCAAAAUGAAAAGCUGCUCGUUUAUCCCUUCAUGGUCAACAUAACUGUUGGAUCAUGCUUAAGAGAUCGACCGAAGUCACAACCUCCACUUGAUUGGCCAGUAAGAAAACGGAUAGCAUUGGGGGCUGCAAGGGGUCUUUCCUACAUGCACGAUGAAUGUGAGAGUAAAAUCAUCCAUCGCGACGUCAAAGCUGCAAAUAUAUAUUUGAACGAGGACUUUGAUGCAAUUAUUGGUAACUUUGAGUUGGCCAUACCCACGGACCACGGUGUUACACGUGUGGAAAAAAAUGUAGGUGGAACAUUUGGUCAUGUAGCUCCUGAAUACCUCUCCGAUGGUAUUUGUUCGGCGCAAUCUGAUGUGUAUAGUUAUGGCAUAUUUCUUCUUGAGCUCGUCACUUGUCAGAGAGCUUACGAGGAAGACAUGUUGUUAGUUGAUUGGGUAAAAAAAAUCUUAGAGGAGAAGAAGUGGGAGGGGAUUGUUGAUCUUGAUUUCGAGGAAGGUGUGGAGCAGCUUAUUCAUAUAGCUCUGCUCUGCACAGAAGACAACCCUGAGAAACGUCCAAGGAUGUCGGAUAUCGUGACGAUGCUACAACUUAUUGGAGACGGCUUAUUAGCUCAAAGGUGGGAAGAGUUUUGUAACAAAGACAUGCUCCAUCGUCAGGAGUUGAAGAGGUUCGAAACGAAUGGUUAG